UUCGGUCACAUGACGUGAGCUUACGAAGAUGGUGGAAGUUUCUUCUUCCUUGAAGUGAAACCCCGACUGAAACCCAAACAUCCUUCACACCGAGGGCUGGGAGUUCACAGCAGCUUUACCAGCUUGGUUUUCACAACCUCCCUUGGGAUCCGGGCUUUUAUCCCAGCCCUAUGUCAUGGCCAGUGGAGUCACCAAGCCGGGCACUUCCAAUGGUUACCCUAUGAAGGCACAGCUGCAAAUCAUUGUGCUCUCAGCAAAACUGAAAGAGAACAAGAAAAACUGGUUCGGUCCCAGUCCUUAUGUGGAAGUGACAGUCGAGGGCCAGUCCAAGAAAACAGAGAAAUGCAACAACACGCACAGCCCCAAAUGGAAGCAGCCGCUCACUGUGAUUGUGACUCCAUUCAGCAAACUGUCGUUUCGCGUGUGGAGCCACCAGACCCUGAAGUCCGACGUGUUGCUAGGCAUGGCCAUGCUGGACAUCAGCGACACGCUCAAGUCUAAUGACAUGAAAAUCUCUGAGGUGGUGCAGACCUUACAGCUGUGUGCAGACAGAGACCAGUCAGAUGUGGUGGGAGAUCUGUCUGUCUGCCUGGACGGCAUGACCGUCGACCCGGAGAUGUUCGCCAUGGCCAAGGCUGACCAUCACAGUACAUCAAACGGGGAAUCACAACCUAAUGGGGAUCAUGCCAUAAAGCAGAGUCGAGACAGCUCUCCAGCUGUGGAUGGUGCAGAGCACAAGUCUUCUCCCAGUGGCCGGAGGUCAGCGAACAGCACAGGGUCUCCCUUGGUGUCAUCGGGGAGCUUGAAGCCUCUCCGGCCACCCAGGCCCUCCAGACCUCCUCCUCCAACCCCCCGCAGACCCACCUCUUCACCAGCGUCCUCCAGCAACGGCUCUGCACCAGCUGACGGCAGUGAUGCUCAGUCAGGUUCUGAUACACCAGUGCGAACACCGGCCUCAGGACCCUCAUCAACCCCAGACUCAAGUCCGUCGGCAGGCUCAGACAGGAACUCCACGCCGGCCUCGGGCUCUGGAGCUGCAGCGACCAGACAGCCGACCAUCACCCCUGUAGUCACUCCCAGGGUCCCCGCUGUCAACACCGGGCCGCUGCCCCUCGGGUGGGAGCAGAGGGUGGAUCCGAACGGCAGGGUGUAUUUUGUCGAUCACGUGGAAAAGAGAACAACGUGGGAACGCCCCGAACCUUUGCCCCCUGGCUGGGAGCGUCGCGUCGACCAGAUGGGGCGUGUCUACUUCGUCGACCACAUCACGCGAACCACCACGUGGCAGCGCCCCACAAUGGAGACGGUGCGUAACUACGAGCAGUGGCAGCACCAGCGCAGCCAGCUGCAGGGCGCCAUGCAACAGUUCAACCAGCGGUUCAUAUUCGGGCUACAAGACCAGGUCUCAGCCACUCAGAAUAAGGAGUUUGAUCCUCUGGGGCCUCUGCCACAUGGAUGGGAGAAGAGAACGGACACCAAUGGCAGAGUUUAUUUCGUACAUCACCCUACACGGUCUACGCAGUGGGAGGACCCACGGACACAGGGGUUGCUCAAUGAGAAGCCGCUCCCGGAGGGCUGGGAGAUGAGGUUCACAGUAGAUGGUAUUCCCUACUUCGUGGACCACAACAGGAGAACCACCACCUACAUCGACCCUCGCACUGGAAAGUCCUCACUUGAAAAUGGGCCACAGAUCACGUACGUUCGAGACUUCAAAGCCAAAGUACAGUACUUCAGAUUCUGGUGCCAGCAACUGUCAAUGCCUCAACACAUCAAGAUCACCGUGUCCAGAAAAACCCUGUUUGAGGACUCGUUUCAGCAGAUAAUGAGCUUCAAUGCUCAAGAUUUGCGAAGGAGACUCUGGAUCAUCUUCCCUGGAGAGGAGGGUCUUGAUUAUGGAGGCGUCGCCAGGGAGUGGUUCUUCCUGUUGUCCCAUGAGGUCUUGAACCCCAUGUACUGCCUGUUUGAAUAUGCCGGUAAAGAUAACUACUGUCUCCAGAUCAAUCCCGCCUCCUACAUCAACCCCGACCACCUCAAGUAUUUCAAGUUCAUAGGACGCUUCAUUGCCAUGGCUCUUUUCCAUGGCAAGUUCAUCGACACUGGUUUCUCGCUGCCGUUUUACAAGCGCAUCCUGAACAAGCCGCUGGCCCUCAAAGACCUGGAGUCAAUAGAUCCUGAGUUUUACAAUUCACUCAUAUGGAUCAAGGAUAACAACAUCGAGGAGUGUGGCCUGGAGAUGUUCUUCUCUGUUGACAAAGAGAUCCUGGGGGAAAUCACCACCCAUGAGCUGAAGCCAGGAGGAGGAGACAUCCAAGUCACCGAGGAGAACAAGGAGGAGUACAUCCGGCUGGUCGCAGAGUGGAGGCUGUCUAGAGGGGUGGAGGAGCAGACGCAGGCUUUCUUUGAAGGCUUCAACGAGGUCCUCCCUCAGCAGUACCUGCAGUACUUUGACGCCAAAGAGCUGGAGGUAAUGCUGUGUGGUAUGCAGGAGAUUGACCUCGCAGACUGGCAGAGAAACACAAUCUACAGACACUAUGCUCGCAGCAGCAAACAGAUCAUCUGGUUCUGGCAGUUCAUAAAGGAGAUGGACAAUGAGAAGAGGAUGAGGCUGCUGCAGUUUGUCACCGGUACCUGUCGCCUGCCUGUAGGAGGCUUCGCUGACCUUAUGGGAAGUAAUGGUCCGCAGAAGUUCUGUAUCGAGAAGGUGGGAAAAGAAAACUGGCUUCCCAGAAGUCACACGUGCUUUAACAGACUGGACUUGCCGCCCUACAAGAGCUACGAGCAGCUGAAGGAGAAGCUGAUGUUUGCCAUCGAGGAGACAGAAGGCUUCGGGCAGGAGUGAGAGAAACAGGAGAAGUUUAAUACUGGGUGCAGGAGUCUGAAGGAAGAAAAGACCACCAGUGUUUCAAAUCAGGGAGCCUCUUCAGAAUAGGAGGGUGUUUUUGUUUGUUUGUGCUCGUGGGUGCGUGCAUGCACCUGUACAGUACUUCUAUGGGUGCAUGUUGUUGCAAAGGAGCUGGGAUUUGAGAGCUGGCGUCUGCUGUGCACACUGCGCUCGCAGCACACGCCUCUCCAUGCCUGAUCGGUACGUGAAAAUUUUGUAUUCUUUUAAACCAAAACAAAGAAGCUGCUCCUGUCUCUCAGAAUGUGCGCAAAAUUAUGCAUGGGAAUCCCUGAAAACUCACCCCUCAGCGACGUCAUCUGUUUUAACGGGACUGCAGUAGUUUUUCUUCCCAACAUGUGAUCAUGUUAACGGCAUGCUUCGGGGUGGAGCCGUGGAGCUACAGUCAAAAUCUCAUAACCAGAAAGGUCCGACAGUAAAGUUGGAACCAACCUGCUUCUUAUUAAGUUGCUCUGCACUAAAGCGUUAGAUUUUAAAUGCCAGAUUGUGAGGGUGCGCUUGUUUUAAAACAGGGUUAUGUUUUCACCAAAAAAAAAAGAAAAGGGAAAAAAAAGCAAACUUUGUUGCUCUGAGAUUGUUUUCCCCUUUAGGAAGAGUUUGUCGUCAUCCUCAUUAAUGUCAUCUCCCAUCAUACCUUAAAUCUCUCACAUUUUUCCCCAUGAUUUAAGUGGAUCUUUUUGAGCAGUAAUAGUAGAAAAAAGGAGCUCCCCUAAAUUAACUCUUAAAUAACAGACAGUGUUAGUGCGUCACAGGUUUGGUAGAUGCGUUUAAUCUAAGUAACAAGACAGAGACAGGUUUGUGUUCCUGGAUCUGUAGUGUUUGAUCUGUGAAUGACUUCAUGAUUGUGCAUAACCUCCAUUAUUUAUAGUGGUGGAGAAAUGUGGAAGACUUGAGGAGAACUUAACCUGACCCUAGUUUUAUAGGGCCUGAGACUGUAGCGGGUGGGACGUCUUAGAUUAGAGUAUUCUGGGAGAAUUUUAUAGAUUAUUCAUCUUAAUAUCAGAUCCAGACAUUUUUUACACCUUCCUUCUGUUAAUUAGUGGGGUGGUCUUGAUGGAUGGACGAUGAAGAAAGUAUUUUAAGAUAGUGUAUGUGUGCGUGCGUGUGUGCGUGCGUGUGUGUAUUCAAGAUGUACUCAACAUAAUGUAUCAGAACAUUAAAAACCUUUAAAAAUAUGAGUAAAAAAAAAAAAACCCAUCUAAUUUAAGUCAAACCAAAUCAAAUUUUGAUUCUAAAAGAAACUUCAUUCACAUGUAGCAUUUGAAAGAUGGUGAUAGAGUUGCUUCCUUAUUUACCUCUUCUCUUGCCCCAAAUCAAAACACAAAAUGAAUUGGGGGAAAAAUAAAUACAAUUUUAGUGAAUUUUAAAAAAACAAAAAAAAAACAGAAAGAUGCUAUUAAAACUUUUUUGUCUUCCAUUUUAGACUUGAAGGAACAUUUUACCUCUUGAGUAUUUUCACUUCAUGACAGUCAGAAAUCCUCUCACGUCAUUUGCUUCACAAUUAACGUCUGACACUCGUGUGAAACAAUUCAUAUGCUUUCAUUUUUGAAGAUUGUGUUUUAAAGAUAUGACUUUAGGAAAAAGAAAAAAAAAAAAAAAAGAUUGUGGACUGUUGAUGAUGGAUCCCAAGAACAGAAACCUUCAAAUGCUUUUACCGACCAUGGAGUCCAACAUUGAGCGUGUACAGAAACAGUCUUUAUAAUAUAACUGUGAAUACUUGUUUGGUUUGGUUUGGCUGAAGUUACACAGCAUCUGCUCAACAGUAACAGAUGAUUAAUCUUAUUUAUCUGUAUGGAGAAAAAAAAAACACCAGAUAGUGUGGUUGCUCGUUUUGGAUUGUCCUUUUGAAUUAUUUAUUUAAACACACCGAAAAGACAAAAGUUUGGUUACUGAUGAACAAUGGAUUCACAGCACUUUUUUUUUUUUUAAAAAGAUAAAUGUCCCUCCACCUUCUCCCGCAGCAUGUGGAGGCUCCAGUCUGGGUUAGUAAAUCUAGGCUCUUUUGUUUCCACAUGCGUGGUGAGGUGGUGCUUGUCAUCAGCCUUCAGGCAGCCUUAUUCCCACCCUCAGGCAUCAGGUGUCCUUUUCAGCGACCUGACGCCAGCAGAGAUGAUCGACCACGCAGGUUUUUAAGGAUCAGAUUAAUUUUUCUUGACUCUGGGCUUCUGCUGUGGAGAAGGAACCAGACCCAGAGGAGUUUGAAGUUUUGAAGUUCUUAUGAAGAAACUGCACCAGUGAGGAAAAGCUAUGAGACUCGAGCCGAUGACACGUGUUACGCCCCCUUUCGAUGGCUGACUGUGACUUCACCUGGGAUAACAAAUACUGAGACAAAGUCGGUGUAAUAUAACGAAUGUAACAUGAUGAAUAGUUGAUUGGUGAAGUGGCCUAUUUACAUUUUCUUGCCUCAGAUUGUUACCCCUUAAUGCAGAGUGUCAUUUUAAUCUCGUUCUGGGUCGAUCACAUAAUAAAAACCCCGGGUACAUAGUAGUUAAGCGAAUAUGUAAAUAUCAUAAUUCACUACUCUUAUUUUUUGUUUUGUUUUGUUUGUGUUUGUUCUCCAGAAUCCUCCAUGUACAACUAAACCACUGUCACUCUCCUGUACAUGAAAACAAGUUGUAAAUGGUGUCAAUAACAAAUUUUCUUUUGUAAAAGAAUGGUUUUAAUAAGAGGUUUACGGUAACACUAUAUUUUCUUUUCCCUGUUUAAUUUCAGAUGUACAUGAAAGAUGUGUAAUAUAGAAAUUGUCACCUUAAUAAAUUAAAUAAAAAAUUUG